UGAAAGGCAAGACGAGGCAGGUGUCAGGAACGCAGAAGUAGUUAGCUAAUCUCCCCUCUGGUUCCUGUGUAAUCGGUUGGAUGCAGCAAACACUUGAUAGCCAUGGAAGAGUUAAUAGUUGAGCUGCGUCUAUUUCUUGAACUUCUGGACCAUGAAUAUCUAACUUCUACUGUCAGGGAGAAGAAGGCAGUAAUAACUAACAUCCUCCUGAGGAUACAGUCAUCAAAAGGUUUUGAAAUAAAAGAACAUGUUCAGAAACAGGAAGUUGCCAACAGUUUGCCUGCGCCUCCUCAAAUGCCUCUACCGGAAAUACCUCAGCAGUGGCUGCCACCAGAUAAUGGGCCUCCACCGCUACCAACAUCAUCCCUUCCAGAAGGCUAUUAUGAAGAGGCAGUGCCACUUAGUCCUGGAAAGGCUCCUGAGUAUAUCACUUCCAAUUAUGACUCGGAUGCUAUGAGCAGCUCUUAUGAAUCCUACGAUGAAGAGGAGGAGGAUGGAAAAGGGAAGAAAAUGAGACAUCAGUGGCCUUCUGAGGAGGCCUCUAUGGAUCUAGUGAAGGAUGCCAAAAUCUGUGCCUUCCUCCUUAGAAAGAAACGAUUUGGGCAAUGGACAAAACUACUGUGUGUUAUCAAAGAAAACAAACUACUGUGUUAUAAAAGUUCCAAGGACCAGCAACCUCAGAUGGAGCUGCUGUUGAAUGACUGCAGUAUCACAUACAUUCCCAAAGACAGCAAAAAGAAGAAGCAUGAGCUGAAAAUCGCUCACCAAGGAGCGGAUGCGCUGGUUCUAGCAGUGCAGAGCAAAGAGCAGGCGGAACAGUGGCUAAAGGUUAUAAAAGAUGUGUGCAGCAACUGCACUGGAGCUGUGGACUCAGAUGGGCCAUUGUCUAGUUCUCCGGUGCACAAGACAGAACUGGAAAAGAAGUUGUCGUCUGAGAGGCCGAGCUCGGAUGGGGAAGGUGCUGUGGAAAACGGCAUCGCUACGGUGUGCAACGGCAAGGAGCAAGUGAAAAGGAAAAAAAGUUCAAAAUCAGAGGCCAAGGGCACAGUGACUAAAGUAACAGGGAAAAAAAUAACCAAGAUCAUCGGUUUAGGAAAGAAAAAGCCAUCAACAGAUGAGCAGACCUCAUCAGCUGAAGAAGAUGUUCCAACAUGUGGAUAUCUCAACGUGCUCUCAAAUAACCGCUGGCGUGAGCGCUGGUGCAGAGUGAAAGACAAUAAGCUCAUUUUCCACAAGGACAGGACAGAUCUGAAGACCCACAUAGUUUCCAUCCCUCUCCGCGGCUGCGAGGUCAUUCCAGGGCUGGAUUCCAAGCAUCCCCUGACCUUCCGGCUGCUUCGAAACGGGCAGGAGGUUGCCGUGCUCGAGGCAUCGUCAUCUGAAGACAUGGGCAGAUGGAUUGGGAUUUUGCUGGCUGAAACUGGGUCGUCCACAGACCCCGGAGCCCUGCACUAUGACUACAUUGACGUGGAAAUGACUGCGAGUGUCAUCCAGGCUGCAAAACAGACCUUCUGUUUUAUGAACAGGCGAGUUAUAUCUACAAAUCCGUAUCGGGGAAGCACUGCCAACGGCUACGCAUGUCCAAGUGGAAUGGCACUUCAUUACGAUGAUGUUCCCUGCAUAAAUGGAUCGUGGGAACCAGAAGAUGGCUUUCCUACUUCUCGUAGCAGGAACAUUGGAGAAGAAAUGCUUUAUGAUAACGCAGGCCUGUACGAUAACUUGCCGUCUCCAAAAAUCUUUGCGCGCUAUCCAUCAGCUGACAGGAAAACCAAUAGGUUAUCUGCUGACAAACUAUCCUCUAACCAUUACAAACAUCCUGUCUCCUCCAAUCUGUCUUCUGCUCAGUCUGUCACUAAUACCUCUGCUGUGGGGAAGGGAUCUGCCUCGCAGUUUAAAGGCAAGAAGCCUCCUGCAGCUGCUAAUGGGAUCACAGGAAAAGGGAGAACUUUAAGUAGCCAGCCGAAGAAAUCUGAAUCAGUGUCGUGUGUGAAGCGCACAGCAUCCAAUGCCGAGCAGUACAAAUACGGCAAGAACCGCGUGGAGGCAGACGCAAAGCGGCUACAGAGCAAAGAGGAGGAGUUGUUAAAGAGGAAAGAAGCGCUCCGGAAUAGGUUGGCCCAGCUCCGAAAAGAGAGGAAGGAUCUCCGAGCGGCCAUUGAAGUCAAUGCUGGCAGGAAGACUCAAGUGAUUCUCGAAGAUAAGUUGAAGAAGUUGGAGGAGGAAUGUAAGCAGAAGGAGGCCGAGCGCGUAAACCUGGAGCUGGAGCUGACAGAGGUGAAGGAGAGCCUGAAGAAAGCCUUGGCGGGCGGCAUCACGCUGGGCUUGGCUAUUGAGCCCAAAUCAGGAACAUCAAGCCCACAGUCUCCAAUUUUCAAGCACCGAACUUUGGAAAACUCGCCCAUCUCCAGCUGUGACACUAGUGAUACUGAAUGCUCAAUACCUGUGAACAGCGCAGCAGCUCUGAAGCGACCUCCCUCGUCAAAUAACUCUCCAUGUCGAGGCCAUGUACUUCGAAAAGCAAAGUUCUGAGUGAGCCCAGGCCUCCUGGAUGCGAUGAGCAAAGGGAGUCACACGAAUGGGAGAUGAAAAAUGGAACCUAAGUAUAGCAAAACCACUCACUUUCCAUAAAGGCCUUACCUAUUAUGGACCAAGACACAGGCUGCAAAAGACUCAUCUGUAAAAAGUGGUAUCAAGUGAUACAACACAAGAGGUUUUUAUAAUUCUGUUAAGUUAAUGGUAGCUUGGCCCUCAUUUGCCUGUAUUCCCUGUACUGUAUUGCUGUGUAUCUAUGUGUGCCCCUUUUUAUUACCUGUAACUCUUUUAUUUCCAACUUCAUUUGUACAGAAAAUGAAAACCAAAAGCCAAAACAAUGUUAGUAAGUAAAAAGGAGCAUACUGUUGUAAUUGAAAGUCUACUUUGCGGAAACAACGUAGACCAGCAAUGUUAAUUAUAUUGCCUCACAUGGCCUGAACAGCACUGAAGACUGGUGCGUUAUUUAAGACCAAUGUGAAAUCAUUCAAAUAAACAAGAUGUACUUUUACAGGUAAUACUGACUUUCAGGGUUCUGCCAGAACGGUCGCUGAGAGAAGACCUGCUCAUUUGCAGUCACUUUGCUGUUAGCUGUUCACAGGGCAAAAGAAAAAAAUGAAGAAAUGUAUUCACAGAAAUGGCAUGACUUGCUUGAACUGGGAAGUCAGGACUCUUCAGUGCCACUGUCCUCUGUGGUGAUUAGAGACCCCAGAGUGACACAACUCAGCUGUGAAGCAUUUUUUUGAUACUUUUCCGACAGAUGCUUUUGUCAUUGUGACAUAAAAAGCUGCCAUGCUUCCACAAAUGCAUUUUAAUACAUUCUUUUUAUCGCUAUUUUGAAGCACCAGUCAUUUUCAAAGGUCAUGUCAUCUAAGAAUGAUUUGUUCCUGUAUUUCGAAAAGCCAAGCAGGUAUUUUUAGAUAUUACUUCAUUUUUCAAAAAAUAAUAAUAAUCCUCAACAGAUAAUGGCAACUCAGAAUAGCUUAUGCAGUCUUGUUUCAUUUUUUUUUAUAAUACAGUAUUGUUGAACUUGAGUUAUAGAACACUGCUGUACUUGGUUUCCUUAGCCUUUUCUGACCUCAGCUAUUAUUUUUUGAGGAAGACAGACUGAAAGGAUGAUAAUUUCCAGCCUCUUUUUAUAAACAAUUUUACAAACAGUUGGGGAAUUUCUCAGACAGGACUUCAUUUCUGUUUACUAGGAAACCGUGCCUUGCAUUUUAGCCCGUAAAAUUACAUAAAUCUGUUUUUCUUUGUCUCUAUCCAUAUCAUUCCUGAGGCUACAUGCAGUAAAUUGCCAACUAAAAAGUCCUUCAAAAAUCUCAAGAUUAGCUUAAAAAUCAGGAGAGAGACCAAAUAAUGAGUUGGGUUCUUUUAAUCUAUCCUCUGUGGUUUUUUUUUUUAAGCCUUCAGAGAACCUUCAAUCACAUUCUUAAGAUUUUUUUCUCCUCAACUGUAAGGACUAGAAAAUGACUUUAAUUAAAAAAUUUAAAAUACUACUCGUAGUCUGAGAUAAUCACAAGACGUUAGGGCUCGAAUCUUGAUAAUUAGUCAAGACACACUUAAAAAUCACAGAAGAUGGCAAAAUGGAAGUUAUCAAGGAUUAAAACCUGUUAUCAUCCAGGCCUACAGUGUGCCUGUUACAUCCAGUAAGGAACGUAUAUAACUGUUGAAGCAUACGCUGGUAUUCCAAGCUCGGAUGGAUGCCACAGGACGUCCUGCAGGAGCUGGUAGUAUGAGCAGGCCUGGGACCAUGGUGCAGAGCUAUCAGACAUGGCACUUAGCAGCUCCCCAAAAUCAGGCCAUGGUGACUGCUGAGGGCCUUUGAAAAGCAGGUCCACAAUGGGUCACCUGUAAGGGCUUUAUCCUGUUUCCAAGUGAAAUUAGUGCCAGGGAUCCCAUGGACCUUAGCAGAGCAGAAAUGGGGUGCAAAAUUACAAAAGGCUCUUUGCUUCCUGGGAGUCUGCUUCAUGCAGUACGCCAUGGGAACGCAAAUGCAGCAAGGAAGCAAGUGUCAGCAUAGUUUUCAUUGAAAACAGGAUUUUUAUUUUAUUUUAGGUCAUCUGCUUACUUAUUAACUCCUCCUAAGUGGAGGGCACACUCUAUGCUGUAUGACUAUGGACUAAACAGUAUCAAGAAUCCCAUAAAUAAUAACAGAAGCAAAUUUGAAGCAAAAGUAAGUUCAUUUAGGCUUUUUAUUUCAAAUUAAGUUAUUUAUUUGUAUAUUUCAAUAAAUAUUUAAUUUAUAUCUGUACAUAUUUAUGAUGCAAAUCAGGCUUCUAGUCAACAUUUGCAAUGAUGUAACUGUUGCCAUGAACAAGUGGUCCCACAUCAAGUACUGCAGAGCCGUCGAAAGCCAAAUUAUUUUGAAGCAGUCUCAUUUACCCAACACUGGCAUUGUAGCUUCCACCCCUUAUCCCAGGAGGAGAUGUGUGGAGAGGACAGGAGGACAGGGCUUCUUUUUAAUCCACACCCGAGUGCAAAUUCCUGUCACGGCAGAGGGUGCCUGGUGCACCCUGGGCGAUGCUGCGGCCGCGGGGCUCCCUCCCUGCACCCACACGGGCCCCCAAAAGCCACCCCCAGCCCCGAAUAUGCCGUAAGCGAAUCUCUCGGCUUUCCCUCGAGGACGCGUUGCAAUUCGCGUUUUGUGCCACGUCUAUUCGAUCCAAUGGCCAAGGUUUUGUAAGGAAGAAAGUAACAAACUCCUAGAAAUAACCUCGCUGCCGACCACACUCAGUGCUGUGAAAUACACUCCGUUUUGUUGAAUAGUACUAUUGCUGUACAAUUUUUUUUAUAAAAAAGCAACAGAGCUUGUAUUUUCAAUGUUUUUAGCAUUCAGAAUCACCAGGCAAAGUCAGCAAUAGAGCAGUAUGACUUUUUUUUUUCAAAAAGAAAAUUCUUGUAUUUUAAACCAUUGCAUUUCCAUGUCUUUUGAGACAAUGUUACACUUGUGCUUCCUCAGCAAACUCCUAUUACUGUACCAGGUGCUUUUUUAUAUUGUUUUUUGUUAUGGGUGAUGCUUUUUUAAAAAAACAGAUCAUAAUUUAGGGGGAUCAAAGGUUUUUUUUCUUUAAUGAGAGAGAUGAUUGUGGCAAUUUGAUUUUUUCAGAUGGAGAAUACUUUAGUAUCAAUUUUCAUUUAUGUCACUUUCAAAUUAAUUGGCCCAGGCUGUAUGUUGUAAGAUAAUGUUCUCAUAUUAAGAAUGUAAUUAUUUCCUUAUUGUAUUUUUUAAAAAAACAAAAUCAUAUUUAAAAAUCUCUGUGAAAAAAGCAUGAAAGAAACAUGAACAAAGUUUUUGUUUUAUUUUUGUUAUUGGAUAUGUUGGCAGUGCCCAUUAUAAUUGACUGUAAAUAUAGUCUUUCUACUGUAUUUCUCAAUGUAUUUAAGUUUUUUGACACACAUUCAUGGAAACUUAUGUAAAAAAAAAAACCCUCCAAAAUAGA